GGACGCGCGACGCCAGCGGCGGGGCUGGCCGUGGUGGAUGACGCCGUCGAGCGUGGCCGGUUGCGUGCGGUUUGUACACAAACAGCAGGCGCCGCGCCUCCGACCGAUUGCCCGCCCGGCCUCCCGCCCCUGAGCUCCCGGGGGUCCGGCCUCAACUCUCUCACUCGGGGAGGGGGGCUCCUCACCAGCGCAGCCUCCCCGCUCCCUCAUCUCUGGGCCUAGGCCUCACCCUUCCCCCAUCACAGCCUGGGGCUCUCCUACCACCAUCAGGCCCGUCAGCAGCUGCGGGGGAAGCCGGGGUCUCACUUCUCCUCUCUCCCACACCUCCCCCCCCUGUGUCCUGCAUUCACCCGGGGUGCGGGGGAGGUAAAGCUACAGCAUGUCUGGAAGCCCCGAGAAGAGCCUGACUGCUCAGGAGCUGAAGGAGCAAGGAAACCGCCUGUUCCUCAACAGAAAGUACCAGGAAGCCGCGGCCUCCUACAGCAAGGCCAUAAACCGGAACCCAUCUGUGGCUGUGUACCACACAAACCGUGCCCUGUGUUACGUGAAGAUGCAGCAGUUUGAUAAGGCGGUGGCAGACUGUAAACAUGCUCUGGAGUUGGACAGCCAGUCUGUUAAAGCCCACUUCUUCCUGGGACAGUGCCAACUGGAAAUGGAGAACUACGAUGAAGCUAUUGGCAACCUGCAGAGAGCUUAUAAUCUCGCAAAAGAACAAAGACUGAAUUUUGGGGAUGAUAUACCAAGUGCCCUGAGGAUGGCAAAGAAGAAGCGUUGGAACAGCAUUGAAGACAAACGAAUUCAGCAGGAAAAUGAUCUCCAUGACUACCUCACCAAACUGAUCCUCUCUGAAAAGGAAAGGGAAGUGGAACAAUGUAAACGGAAACACUAUGAAGAAAAUGUGGAUGAUUCUCGAACCCGAAUGGAAAUUGCAAAGAUAGAAGCCAGACACGACAAGUACAUGAAUGAAAUGGAUGAUUUAUUCUCUCAGGUGGAUGAAAAGAGAAAGAAACGAGAUAUUCCUGAUUACCUAUGUGGAAAAAUCAGUUUUGAGUUGAUGAGGGAGCCAUGCAUCACACCAAGUGGGAUCACAUACGACAGAAAAGAUAUAGAGGAACACCUUCAGCGGGUAGGGCACUUUGAUCCUGUAACGCGAAGCCCUUUGACCCAAGAACAGUUGAUUCCAAAUCUGGCUAUGAAGGAGGUAAUUGAUGCAUUUAUAUCAGAAAAUGGCUGGGUGGAAGAAUACUGAACUGGAUUUAACAGCAUCAGGACUUGCACAUUUGCACUGCAACGGCAACUCGAUGACUUGUACUAACCAGAUGAGUGAGAGUGAGCAAGCCACAGAGCCCGAGCAAGGGAGAAAAAGGGGAUGUGCAGGGGACAUCUGUGGCUGUGUGCCUGAUGGGUCACUUAUUAUUUUGCUUGUUUAAAUUUCUUUACAUGCAUGUAUGUAAAUCUCAUUUGCCACAGAAAAUCUGAACCUUGAACAAUUAUUAAAGUGUUUCUGGCUCUUUAAUAAUGCUUGGUGCAGUGGGGAUAGUCUCUUUCACUCGAUUUUGGUUUCUUUAUCUUUUUUAAUCAUGUGAUAAAUUAAGUGAAUUCUGUUCUGUAGGACUUUGAGAUGAGCUUUGAUUGUGAAAUGUUGUAUCUGAUUUCUGUAAGUCCCUGACAUUAAGUGCACUUGAGCAGCUUGAAUGCCUGAACAUGUAAUAUAUCGCCAUUCACAUUUGGCAGAUUUAAGCUUAUUUUAUUCACCGUUAAAAUUUCAAUCCUUGCCCCUUCCCCUCAUUUUGGUCUGUUUGCUGUCAUAAUGCUUUGCCUUUCAGAUGGUUGGCUUGUUCAUCUGGAAUCCGAGGCAGAGUUCUCUCUGUUUGCUGUCUAUAUGGUCAUCACCUGGUGUAUCUCGAGAAGACAGUGUAGAAUUGUGCAGUGAAAUUUAACGCUGCUUUUGGUGCUGGUGCUGGGUUUGCUUCCGAUAGGUGGUAUCCACCUUCAGGGAGUGAAUUUGAGGUUGAUGUGUGGCAGUUCUUUUCUGGAGUUGCUCUUGGUGACUGCACCCGAAUCCAGCCGUAAACAUCUUGCUGAGUGGUUUGUUCUUUACUGAAAUUUCUGUGGACCCAUAACUCACCAGUGUAACACCUGCAAGACAUGCCAGUGAUAAACUAGCAGUCCCAAGGAAAGAGGCCAGUGAUAUGAAUUGAAGGCAAAGUCUGUGAUUAUGUUUUGGGAAGUUUUAUUACACAUAUCCCAUGGAUCAUUUUAGGUCAGCCGCUAAAGCAACAUGCUCAUCUGUGCCUAAAGUAAAGUGGUGACUAGAAGCUGUUCAGGGUAGUUUGUCCAUUAGUAAGAGUAGUUCAAUAACUCACAACAAAUGUAAUAAACCGUGAAUGCUCAGUCACUGAAAACUAAAGCAGAAACACUUGAAUUCAAAGAAAUGCAAUCUAUUCAACAGAUCUUUGGACUUCUCCCCUCCCUCCCUGCCUAUCAUUUCCCUCACACACACACAACCCCCCCCCCCAUCCCACAAACAUAUUUUUAGAUAGGAAGGUAACUGUGAAGUCUGUAAAUUUCAAUUGUUUUCCCAUGUGUUUUUGUCCUAUCUUUAAAAAAGGGUUACUGAAAAACAUUAGCCUAGGAAAUCCCUGACUUUAAUGUCUUUCUAGCAGUAUUUAACAUUAGCAAUCUGAGGUUUCUGAUCAAUUUUAUUUUUUAAUACUUUUCAGAAAAUCAGAAUCUAUCUGGCACAUCUGAAUGCAAGUAUUAAAAUAUUCACAUUUUUAGGUUGUUACGUCCCUCUUAAAGGGAGUAUUCAUUACCUUAAUAAAAUUAUAAAUGAUUGGAAUUUUGGUUAUCGUGUAGAUUAUUCACUAACUGCCCAUAUCCUCCCAUCUACCUCUACACAUUUACUUACUUCUGAUCUUUUCAAUGGGUAUGGUAGUGAGAUAUCACAGCAAAGUGUGGGUUUCUGUACUGAUGAUAUCUCAUUGCACUGACGGAUUAUUGGGAUGGAGAAUGUUACUUGAUGUUGCAUCAUCUUGGGUGCGUUAUAGCUUUGGGUUUUUUUUCCGCUGCCACUGGGAUUUUGGACACUGAUUAGUUCAUAUCCCUGAAUACAAUCAGGAACUCAAGGCCAAGAAAUUAGUUUUGCUUUGUGUACCUGCUUUGGGUGAAAUGGGCUAUUCUAGCGUUCCAUGUACAGUUGCUCCCAUAGCUUCAUUUUUUUUGUUUAUUUCCAACCAUGGAACGUGGGUAAAAGUGACCAGAGAUUUACAACUGCAGUGAUUUCAGUUCAGUUUUAUUUUGAUGAUUAAAUAUUUAAUGUAUGAAUUUCGAGGUACCUGAAGUCACCUUUGUGUUUUGUGUAUGCUUUAUUAAAUAGAUAAAGAAUUAAACAGUUGUUAAAAUAUCAGAGCUUACAUGCAGUAUCUGGUUUGUAUUGCUGUGUAGAUGAUUUGGAUUUGAAGCAUGGCUGAAAUUACUGUUUCAUAUCUUAAACUGUGGAGAGGAUACUCCACUGCACCAAAGUCAGUUCAAAAAUGAUCAUUUCUGUGUAGUCCCCAUGCAGUAAAGAACGUGAUUGACCUGAUUGUUCUUCAUUUAUCUAUUGCUCUGUACCGGCUUUUUAAAAAACAAUUCUAAACAUUAGCCUUGCCCACCUCCCUUCACUUUGGUUCAUCAACAUCUAAUCCUAAGAGGAGAAAAUGGCCUAAAUUGAGUUUUCUACAUGCUAUCCUGAUCAGUGACCCUAAGAUAAUUUGGACAUGGCUAGGAAACAUUGCUGGUAUAGCAAUCAAGAUUUUGCAUCCCAGCCAACGUAUGGAACAAACUGAAUGUAUUGUUUAACUGUUACAGCUACUCACGUUUCAUGAAUUGCAUCCUAGGUGUGUAAACCUCCUGACUCAGACUAUUUUAAGAUGCCUUUUGCUGUGGAUUUGAGGUAUCUAUCUAAUUAGCUGUCUGAGAGAGAAAACCAUCCUCUCAAUCUGGAUUGGAUUUAAUACUGUCUCAGACUUGAAGGGUCACUGUUUGUUUAAUAGUGUGUUAACUAGUGAUAAUAAUUAAAGGAGUUUUCCAAUCUACAGUGAAUUCCAGAAAUUGAUUGAUAAUGUUACCUGAUAGUGUCUGAUGAGGAGUAAAACCAUAUGACCUAAUAAACUAACACAUGUUUCUUACAUGUCAUGGGAACAA